CUUCUUCUUCCUUCGCCGUCGACUCGUCCUCCUCCUCCAACGAGCUCUUCUUUGCUAAAGCCAAAACUUUUAACCUACAGAAGAAAAUGAAAGAUGGUCACUGCACAGUCGUACGUUUUGAUUACGGAGGAUAUUAUUCAAAGAACGGAAACGAUGUAGGAUGGAAUCGAAAAGAAGAUCGGGUUUAUACACUAGUGAUGAAAGGAUUAUUCGAGGAGUUCACUUAUUCAGGGUUGGUUAAUAGAAUAUGCAAGAAGAUUAUGUUAGACGAAGCUACUACCGCAAUGUUGAGGUUAAGUUACAUUCCGUUGCUUGAGGAUCCUAAGAGGCAAACGUAUAUCUUGGAUGAUGAAGAUGUUCUAGGAUAUUUAAUGGAAGGAGAUCAGAAUCAGCGUAGAGAUGUUUUGCAUGUAGAACUCGUCGAAGGUGUUGAACAGAACCAGAGCUGUGGUGAGCAAGUUUCGAGAGAGGACGGAAGAAGUGGAAUUGAUGUAAGGAAUGAUGAGUUUCCUAGUGGUUCUAGAGUUAAUGAUGGUAACGCAGGAUUUGAACCACAGGGACAGUAUGCGCCGUUGGAUAACAAUGACCCGUGUGACGAUGUUGCGUACAUGGAUAACUCUGGUAUAUUUGUUGAUGUUGAUAGUACACCUGAUGUACGAGGGGAUGAGGUUGUAAAUCUUGAAUGGGAAGAUGGUAUUGGUUUGAGUAUAGGUCAAGAAUUUGAGAGUAAGCAGGCAGUUCAAGAUGUAGUUGACGGAGCUAUAAUUCGAAACUGUUUUGAGGUUGCUACGUUCAAGUCAUCGACUAGAUUAUACGUGUUGAAAUGUCGUGAUAGUCGUUGCAAAUGGUAUCUACGAGUGUCGAUGCUUAAGAAUUCGGAUCGUUUCUCUGUUAGAACUUAUAACAAGAUGCAUACAUGCUCUCGGUUAACGACAGGUACAAGAAGAGAUAAAAGAAUAGGGACACCACAGUUAGUUGCAUCUGUUUUGCGUGAUAACUAUCAUGGUGAACUCAACUCUCUUAAACCGAAAAAUCUCAUAAGUUUGGUUGAAGAAAGACUUGGUGUUAAGGUUUCAUACUCUACCGCUUUGAGAGGGAAAAAACAAGCUGCUAAUGAUGUGCAGGCUGAUUUACAUACUCAGUGAGAUUAGAGAAAAAAAUUCAGCGUUCGCGUAAGUUCCUGAUCAUGUAUCUGUUAACUUUUAUUUUGUUCUGUGUCAGAAAAAUUCUAGUUUAAUUAAUUGCUUGCUAAUGAGCUCAAUCAGAACAAUAGAAUGCAUAUACAUUUUGUUCUCUUUUGAUCAAUAACAAAACGUUUGGGACUUGGUUAUAAAAAGAAAUGACUUCACUAACUGUAUAGUCCUGCAAAGUUGAAGAUGAGAUUUGCGGUAGAGGGAUGAAGAAAAUAUCAAUCCUUUCUGCUGUCAUUAUUUACCUUAGAUCCUUCCAAAUAGCUAGCAAUCAAAUUGUGAGAUGAUUAACACAGCGUUUAAGAGCAACAUCGCAGUCUAAAGCGCACAGCCUUAUCCGCAGGCUU